UCCUUUUCCCUUGUCUAUCUUCGCUAUAUCUACUCUCAAGACACACUGGUCUGUGUCUUUUGUGUCUUUAGAUCACAACACAGAGAUAGAAGAAGGAAAGAAACCCUUUGAUUAAUUGUCUACCAACUUUCUCAGCUUCAACCAGCUACAAACCAUUCCAACUUUUAGCAGAUACUCGAGCUGCGAGCGGCAAAGGAGAUCGUAGGAUGCCUUCGCAAGGGGUGUUCACUGAUGCCAUCGCCUCCACGGGCUCUCCUGACCUCUCUUUACACAUCGGCCCGCCGAGCAUCAUAACAGCUGCAACCUCUGCCGUAGACGGCGGCUUCCGAGCUUGCGUCGACCUUCCCCUCUCGAGCAUCAUGUGUCCUUCCGAGGCUCAAGAGCCACUGCGUCCGGUUGACGAUUCCUCCAGGACAGUAAAUGGUACUCCGUUCUGUGUAUAUAGUCAAUCACCCUUCAGCUCGUUCGAUCCCAAGUCCGGAUUCACCCACCAAGUGUCUUCCUCCUCGCCUUCUUCUUCUGCUAAUGGUUGCUCAAACGAUAUAUACUUGGUGAGCUCCCAUUUGCAUCCUCACAGUGGGGGACAGUACCCCUCAGUCUCAUCGUAUCAUCGAACGGUGACGACGCUGCUACCGCCAUGGAUUACGGGAUUAGGAUCGGACCCAUUGAGGUGCUACCACCACCUUCCUUGCGGCGUCGGAUCUUUGGAGGCCUCACACAGCAUGAUGAGGACAAGGUUCAUUCCGAGGUACCAGACGAAGCGGAGCACGCGGGCGCCAAGAAUGCGGUGGACGAGCAGCCUCCAUGCCCGCUUCGUGCACGCCGUCGACCUCCUCGGCGGCCAUGAGAGAGCUACACCCAAGUCAAUUCUGGAGCUCAUGAAUGUGAAAGAUCUCACUCUAGCCCAUGUCAAGAGCCACUUGCAGAUGUAUAGAACUAUUAAAUCCACUGACAAGACUGCAGCCUCCUCAGGUCAAUCUGAUGGCUCUGUCGAAGAAGGUUUGGCUCCCGGAUACAGUGAUCAACAAUUAUUGGAGCACAAAGGCUCAGUUGCACCAAAACAAGACUCUGACAGUAGAUGGAGCAACUCAUCUACAGGAGUCUGGACGCAGAUUAGUACGACCGACACCGCCGAGCAUGGAUCGAUCUCUCUCUCAAAUCAAAUUCAGGACACUUAUGGAAGAUCAAAUGGCACAAGUGGUUCUUAUCAAGAUCUAAAGAACCCUCUCUUGGAGUUCACCUUGGGAAGACCAGACUGGCACACCAAGUAGCAUUGACUGGCAUUGUAAAAGUCAUUACCAGUAGCUUUGUCGAGUUCUUCAAGGCCUGUCUCUGAGGAGGAAGUGUUCCAAUGAACAAUGAGAAGUUUGCCAAGUUGCUCGUGCUGAGUAUUUGUUUUCAUUCUUCUUUCGUCAUCUUCUCUGUGUCCUUUGUAAAUUGUGGUUGAUUUAAGUGGAUCACUGGAACUUGAUUUUGCC